AUGCUGUCAAAAAACUUAUUCGAUAUUGACAUGAACGUUGGCUUCUCCUUGCAGCCAAAUAGGAGCGAAUACUUUGUCCACAAUAUUCUCAUAGUCGCAGACUGUGCUUGUCAUGAGAGCGGUCAAUUUUUGAUGACGGCAAGUUCCCAAGGGUACUUCAAGUCUCCUUAUAGGUGGUUGCUUUUGCACUAUGAAGGUGGUAACUGUGGUGCAGUAGAUCGUCUAGAUAUACCACUGAAUAGCGAUGUUGUUAUUGCAAAUAAAGCCAUUGACAGAUUUAUAUUUAUUGAAGCUUACAAAAUAUCAGAACAUUCCGAAAUAAUAUUUUCGACUAGAGGUGAAUGGCAAAAUGCCAGAACAGAUUUGAACAAUUUAAAUAGUUCUUUGAUAACCGAAAUAAAGAGAGCCGGAAACAGCGGUCGUGAAUUUGGAGUAAUGGAUGAUUAUAGAGAUACUAAAAUAAUGUCACGGAGACGUAGAAAUUUCAGAAAACAUACACUUACUAUGGCGAAUGUUAUCACUGAUAGUAAUAAUACUAGACAACAUUUGGAUGAUCGUUUGUUUUUGCACCAAGACUCAAUAACAAAAAUGAGCUACAUGGUUGUGAAGAUAUGUUUCGAGAUGCUCAAUGCCACAGAACGACUUCUUUUCACGCAUACUUGGGGCUAUAGAGAUAAGAACGGGAAUUGGCAAGGAAUCGUCGAUCAUCUCUUGAAGAAGGAAGCUGAUCUGGGUACACUCACAAUAUUCACACAAGAACGGAUGAUGGUGAUAGAUUACAUCGCUAUGGUGGGAUCGACUGCUGUUCGCUUUGUCUUUCGCGAACCACCACUUGCUCUGCUCCAGAAUAUCUUUACUCUCCCCUUUACAGGGGCUGUGUGGAUAGCUAUCGUUGUGUGUGUGUUGAGCUGUGCAUUAUUCUUGUAUAUAGCUUCAAAAUGGGAGGCUACAGUGGCAAUGCACCCAAUGCAGCUAAACGGUUCCUGGGCUGAUGUGCUCAUAUUAAUCAUCGGCGCUGUGCUGCAACAAGGCUGCACUUUGGAACCACGAUACGCGGCUGGAAGGUGUGUGACACUUCUUCUGUUUGUUGCUCUGACAAUACUGUAUUCAGCGUACUGCGCGAAUAUUGUAGUGUUACUCCGCGCGCCUAGUUCGUCGGUGCGAUCUUUACCUGAUCUCCUCAACUCUCCUCUUAAGUUGGGAGCCAGUGACUUUGAAUAUAACCGAUACUUUUUUAAGAAACUGAACGAUCCAAUCAGAAAAGCAAUCUAUGACAAGAAGAUCGCACCCAAGGGAAAGAAACCAAACUUCUAUAAUAUGAAGGACGGGGUUGAGAAAAUAAGGAAGGGCCUCUUCGCGUUCCACAUGGAGUUGAACCCUGGAUACAGGUUGAUACAGGAAACAUAUCAAGAGGACGAGAAGUGUGAUCUUGUUGAAAUCGACUACAUUAAUGAAAUAGAUCCGUGGGUUCCGGGUCAGAAGCGAUCGCCAUAUAAGGACUUGUUCAAAAUCAACUUCAUCAAGAUCCGAGAGACGGGCAUCCAGGCCAGUAUUCAUCAUCGCUUGCACGUGGGUAAACCUCGAUGUUCGGGAUCCAUAUCGACCUUCAGCAGCGUAGGAUUCACUGACAUGUACCCAGCGAUCAUUACUACCCUCUACGGCAUGCUAUUAGCUCCAGCUGUUCUUGUACUAGAGAUUAUGUAUAAGAAGCUGGAUAAUGUCACUGUACGCUUUCUCCGGGAGUAUAUUAGGAACGAAUGGUCUCCAACGACUUUGCAUUAUGAUUUAUGUUGGGAGAAGGAAACUCAAAUUCAUUUAUCGCGAACUCUCAUGGAAGAUGGUGUCCAAGUAUCGUCAUCUUUAAAAAAGCACAGUAAACAACAUGAUCACGUCUUGCUAUUUCUAACUGAUCUAAACUGCGCAGGCGGUGAAAAUGCGUUCAACGAUACAGAUCUUCUACGAUUUCCUUACCACUGGUUAGCACUUUACGAUGCUAACAGUGAAAUUAACGAAAAUAUAUACGAUAAGCUUUCCGACCUGCCUUUGUUAGUCGACAGUGACUUUGUUCUUGCCGAGAGAAAAGGGGAUAUAUUCACACUUACCGAACUCCACAAGCCAUCACCAAACGGAACAACACUAUCUAAUCCUAAAGGCGUAUAUAACGGCACCCUGGUUGACGUCAGACCCAGGCGAGAACUGUUCUGGAGAAGAAAGGACAUCAUGGGCCAUAUUUUAACUAUGUCCAACGUGAUACAGAAUAGCAAUUCUACUAAAUACCAUCUACCAAGAGAAGACCGACUAGAACUGAAAUACGACGCAAUGACAAAAUUGUGCUGGAGCCACAUCCGAACGACAUUUAGUGUGUUGAACGCGACACCUCGAUAUAUUUUUAGCUAUAGAUGGGGUUAUAUCAAAGAUGGUCAGUGGUCUGGCAUGAUUAACGAUCUGAGGAUUGGCAAAGCGGAUAUAGGAACAAAUUGUCUAGCAAACGCGGAACGGACAAAGGUAAUCGUUUUCGCAGACUGCAUCAGCCGGUUCGAACUCAAGUUCGCUUUCCGUCAACCGUUGUUAUCGUCUACGUCUAAUGUCUUCGCUUUACCAUUCUCACUUUCGGUCUGGGUUGCCAUCAUAGUAUCUCUCGUUAUUUCGACUGGCACCAUCUACUUGGCUACUAAGUGGGAAACAAGGAGACUUAGCCAGGAUCCGAGCCAGCUCGACGGAACUGUAAUAGACGCCCUUCUUUUGACGUUGAGUGCUUUAAGCCAGCAAGGUUGUUCGAAGGAACCCAAAGGAUUAUCAGGGCGUAUAAUGCUUUGGGUGGUUUUCACGAAUCUUAUGUCAUUGUAUGCCGCGUAUUCAGCUAAUAUUGUAGUCCUUUUGCAAGCACCUGCUCCAGAAAUUCGGAACCCGAAGGAACUGCUGGAGUCAGGAAUGACCCUUUCCGCUAACGACGCAGAUUAUAGCCGAUUCAUUUUUAAAUUGUUCAACGACUCUGGUAGAGGCGGAUAUUAUAAAAAAAUCGUUCCAUCGAAGGGCCCACCACAUUUUUAUAGUAACGACGAAGGAGUUAAAAGAAUACGGGAGGGAUUUUUCGCUUAUCACGGCGACAUAGACACUAUCCGUCGUCGUGUAGAAGAAACAUUUUAUGAAAACGAAAAGUGUGACUUGAGAGAAGUCGAUUACAUGAAGUCGCGUUAUCCACUAGUGCCUAUUCGGAAGGACUCUCCAUAUCUGGAGCUUUUGAAAGUGGCGUUAGUAAUUUUACUAUCUACGAUAUCGAAGGUCCAGGCCAAAAUAGAUCAAUCGCAUUUUGGUGUGACCUUAUCCAGGGAUUUUCAGUUAACCCUAAUCAUAUAG